CUCAUUCUCCACCCCUCUCUCUCUUCUCUCCCGACGUCAUCCUGAGCAUUUCACGCAACAAGGUCCUGUUGAUCCCGACUCUUUCAGGAGCGUGAGUGAGUGAGCACAGCAAGCACACAACGCAAGGCGUGCAACUGCUGUUGUUCAUCUUGUGACCUGAGGAACAAAUCAUCUUCAUCGUGAACAGUAAAUCAUGACUCGAGCGCACGCUGCUGUCGCGGCUUUCCUUCCGGUAGUGUCCGCAGCGGUCUUCGCCGGCUCAUCCUGGCCUUCUGGAGACACCGCUGACGUCGUGCAGAGGCAAAGGGUUUCCAGCCUUCGCGGAAGCAGGAGACGAACCACCUCAGAGCCGCCGACUCCGCCGGCCAUGUGCAGCAGCAUCGGGUGCCCCGACGGCUACAUCCCCAUCCCCAACCAUGACACCACCGAGUGUCCCGGCGGCGACUGCACGGUGGAGGCGUGCUGCGAGGCCAUGUGCGCGUGCUACGGGUGCCCGCACCACUACCUCCCGAUCGAAAGCGAGGCCCAAGAGCUUUGCCACGGAGGCGUCUGCACCACGGAGCAGUGCUGCGAGCCGGCCCGCCCAACGUGCAGCAGCAUCGGAUGCCCUGACGGCUACACCCCCAUCCCCGGCCAUUACGCCACCGAGUGCCCCGACCGCGAUUGCACGGUGGAUGUAUGCUGUGAGGCCAUGUGCGCGGGCUACGGGUGCCCGAACAACUACACCCCGAUCGAAAGCGAGGCCCAAGUGCUCUGCCACGGCGGCGUCUGCACCACUGAGCAGUGCUGCGAGACAGGCGCCGCGACGCCUGCGGAGCCCGACUACGACAACUGCUCUUCCGUCCAGUGCCCCAGCGAGACCCACCGCCCCAUCGAAGCCGCUGAGGAGAAGAGGUGCAGGACCGCCGACUUCAUGGCGCCGACACCCGCUCCGCGUGACGGGGGCGGCAGCUACGCGUUCGACUACGAGUUGUCCUCGGAUGAAUGGGACGACUAUUUGGCGGGCUACAGCUAUUCCUUCGGCUACAGCACGGGGGAGGAGGGCGGCAUGGCGUUGGACGGGGGGAGCCACUGGGACGGAGCGGAGGAGGAGUACUGCGACCUCAGCACUUGCUGCGAGGAGAAAGAGUACGGCAUUUGGGGUCUCGAGUGAGGGUCGAACGCUUCAUCCGAAGUCGUAAGAUGACAGACGACAACGCACAAUUUGUCCACGCGCUCGUCCAGCCGGAACGGUCAUCUCUGGGUACGAAGCUGGCAACAAAAUAAAAUUCCACCGACGGACGCUGUACUCACGCGACGUUUACGUCACGUGAAGCUUUCGAUAUUUUUCCAUGGCGCCAUCCCUUUUGAGGUGGCGUUUUUGACGGGCUUUCUCAAUAGCUGCGCGCAAAGAAGAACACCUAGUGGCCUGCGCCAGAGGAUUAAGUCGGGUGUGACGAUUAUGUGCAUGAGGUAUGCAUUCGUAAGUGUUUUGAUACUGGGAGAGGGGGGUGUUUGUGUGUCAACUGGGGGGUAGGGGCAUAUUUCUUGAGGUCCUUGUUCAUGCAGGCCAAUUAUGAACACAAGUAUCGUACCAUUCACAGUCGCCGUGGUACCGGUAUUAACCUGCAGGGUAGAAGCAGAUUGUCGCUCUUGAGUGCUGUUCUCGAUGUUUGUUCUCGAUGCUUGUUUCUUGAUACUUGUUUCUUAAUGCUUGUUGUUGUUUUUGUUGUAAUUGCUGCUGCUGCCAUGGUCUCCGAUCUUCGGAAAUGAGUAUUGCACGACCAUAUCGUGUAUCAGCUCUUCCUGCUUUGUAGGUUUCCUUUUCUUGAUCGGCCUUACGCGGGCCUUACGCGUGGUAGUGCAGUUGUCAAGCGACUCUGAAGCUAUGUUACCAAUCCAACCAGGUUUUAACGAGCCAUUGAUGUACGUGGUGUACGUGAUGACCACUUCCGUUCGUUCGUCUAGAGCAUCGAAUCGUUAGGGCCCCGUUCGUCGAGCAUUGUUCUGUAUGCCGACACAUCAUUGAGUGUGUAGUUGCCUUCGUUGGAAUCGAAUCGAUUGGUGGUGGUCUGGGGUAGACGUUCUUGUAAGGCGUAGAGAGAAGAGUUUUUGGAUUGGGUGCUGUCUGUCUCCUUGGAGGUUUUGUGUUGCUUUGUUCACCUGUUGUAGAAAACCACACCUGUUGUAGAAACACUGUCUCGUACCGAAAGAAAAUUGAACU